AUGUUGAAGGACGAGAACUAUCGGAUUCGGGAGGAGCAGCUGCGUUUGGAGAAGGAGCUCCGAGCGAGGCGCCACUGGGCACAGCCUUCGGAGCGGCCUUCGGAGCGGCCGGCGGGGCCGGCGUCGUCCAAGUGGAGGUCCUCCGAGGCCGAGGGGCCUCAGACCGAGUUGUAA